CGUCACAUGUUGAUCCAAAAGGAUCCGGAGUGGAUGCGGCGAACGCGGUCGUGUUGGAUUGUCGGCCUUCGAACGAGAUGGACAUGUUGUCAUGUUUUCUUUAAAAAACAAACCAAGAAACAACGUCGUGCGUGACGCGAGACAUGGCGGACCGCAGCCCGGCUCCACCAGAAACUGCGGGCAGCGGUCGGACGCAUAGCACCACCUCGGGCGAGAAACGCUUCCAGAACUCUUUGGCUCUGGGUCACAGCUUCAAGAGGGUAACACUCACCAAGCCCACCUUCUGCCACCACUGCAGCGACUUCCUGUGGGGCCUGAUCGGCUUCCUGUGUGAAGUGUGUAACUUGAUGUGUCAUGAGAAAUGUCUGAAGACGCUGCGCUCGCUGUGCUCCAGCGUGGCGCCCUCCGCAGUACGGAUCCCCGUGGCUCACUGCCUCGCUCGGGACGCUCGCAAGAGGCGUGUGUGCUGCGUGUGCAGGAAGCAGACGGACGGAAACGGAGCGCUUCGUUGCGAAGUCUGCGAGCUGCACGUGCACGCCGACUGCGCCGCCUUCUCGUGCGCCGACUGCCGCUCGUGCCACGUGGACGGGACCCCGCGGCAGGACACGUUUUACCACCACUGGCGGGAGGGCAACCUGUCGCCGGCCGCGCGCUGCCAGGUGUGCCGGCGAUCCUGCGGCUCGUCCGACCUCCUGGCGGGCGUGAGGUGCGAGUGGUGCGGCGUCACGUGUCACACGGCGUGCCACCCGAGCAUGGCGCCAGAGUGCAAUUUGGGCCGCCUGCGCCGCGUGAUGCUGCACCCCGCCCGCGUGCGCCUCCAGUCCAGAAACUUCAGCAAGCGGCACUGCUUCCGCAUCGCCGAGGGCGACGCCCGCCGGCCGGACGACGGCGAUGACGUGGACGCGCCGGCCGUGGUGUCUAAAGACGGUCAGCCGACGACGCCCGACCGCGGCAAACAGUUUCUCAAAGUCUACGACGGCGACGACGGCCUCAGGCGCGGCCGCUUCCGCCUCGUCUCCGUCGUCAGAGCCGCCGGGAACGAGGAAGCUCUGGAGGCGGCGUUGCGGGCCUUCUACCUGCCUGACGACCCCCAGGAUUUCCAGCUGCAGGAGGUGGGCGGACUUGGGCGUCUCCGUAACGACGACGUCCUGAACCGGAACGGCGGUCCGGACGGCGGCGGCGGCGACGCCUGGAUCCUGAGGGCCAAAGGGGGCCGCUCCGAGGUCAUCAAAGUGUACGGGGGCGCGGCCAGAUGGGGAGCGGAUUUCGUCAGCGUGCGCGUGUCCGAGGACAGCACGGCGGCGUCGGUCGUGGCCGAGGUCCUCCGUCGGCUGGCGCUUCAGAAAGACGACGUGACGCGAUUUGACCUGCAGGAAGUUCUCAUGAGCGGCAAACGAGUGCAGAAACAAACGCUGACGCCGCAGCAGAACAUUCUGGACAAAUUGCACGACAUCAGGAAGAUGUCUUUGCGCCAGAUGAACCUGACUCGCUUCUACGUGGCCGAGAGGCGGAGCCAAGCGCUGCAGGUGAGCCUGCUGAUUGGAGGACUGCCCCCCCUGCUGUCCAAAGAGCAGUACUGGCAGCUCAUGCAGGAACAGCUGAUCGUCAAGAGCCACCUGGUGGACAUCAGCCACGUGUACGCCAGCCAAGGUGCGGUGGGCUUGCGCUUGUCGUGUUUGUCCGAAGCCGAGCGCGUGUUCAUGUUGGCGAAAGACACCGACGUCAACGACAAGUGGCUCACGUCGCUCGUCAUCCCGGACGUCCAGGUCGGCCCGCCGGGCGAGGACGCGCGCCCCCUGCUGGUGUUCGUCAACGCAAAGAGCGGCGGCCUGAAGGGCAAAGAUCUUCUCUACGGCUUCCGGAAGAUUCUCAACCCGCACCAAGUCUUUGACCUCUCCAACGGAGGCCCGCUGCCAGGCUUCCACACGUUCCGGGCCCUUCCCAGCUUCCGGGUGUUGGUGUGCGGGGGCGACGGCACGGUGGGCUGGGUGCUGGGCGAGCUGGAGGCGCUGCGUCACCAGCUGGCCUGCCGGGAGCCGCCCGUCGGCAUCGUGCCGCUCGGAACAGGUAACGACCUGUCCCGCGUGCUGCGUUGGGGGGCGGGUUACAGCGGCGAGGACCCGGCGCACAUCCUGGCGUGCGCGGACGAGGCGGACGAGGUCCCGAUGGACCGCUGGACCGUCCUGCUGGACGCGCGCGACCUCGGCGAGAACGGCGUCGAGACCUUCCCGGAAGCGCCCAAGAUCGUCCACAUGAGCAACUACUUGGGAGUGGGCAUCGACGCCGAGCUCAGCCUGGACUUCCACCAGGCCCGCCAAGACGACCCGGACAAGUUCACCAGCAGGUUCCACAACAAGGGCGUGUACGUGAAGGCGGGCCUGCAGAAGAUCAGCGCCACCAGAAGUCUGCACAGGGAACUGCAGCUGCACGUGGACGGCCGCGACGUUCCGCUGCCCAACAUCCAAGGCCUCAUCUUCCUCAAUAUUCCCAGCUGGGGUUCCGGCGCAGACCUGUGGGGUUCCGAGCCGGACGCUCGCUACGGUAAGCCGAGCAUCGACGACGGCCUGCUGGAGGUGGUGGGCGUCACCGGCGUGGUUCACAUGGGUCAGGUGCAGAGCGGCCUCCGUUCCGGCAUUCGGAUCGCUCAAGGGAAUUACGUGCGCGUCACGCUGAGGAAGGCUUUCCCGGUCCAGGUGGACGGGGAACCGUGGCUCCAACCUCCGGGACACAUCGUCGUCUCCGCCGCCGGACCAAAGGUGCGCAUGCUGAGGAAGUCCAAAGCCAAACAGGAAAAGUCGGCAGGCGGGGCCAAGGACGGGCGCUCGGAAAGCUCCGCCCCCUCGGACGGCGUUCACCUUUGAUGUGAACGCAAACGUGACGCUUGAACGCGGCGCGCAGGUAAAAAAAAAAAAAAGAAAAAAAGAAUCAAAAUGACACGCUUGAUGUCGCCAUGGAAACGCUGACCCACAGCUUUGACGUGAAGGAGCGGUUACCGUGGUGACGGCUCCUCUGAGACUUUUGGAUGUUGUCGUUGUGACGACGUGCUCGUGUGUUUCAUUUGUGCCAACGGAGCUUUUUGCUUAUGUGGUGAUCAUUCAAAAAUGAAAACGUGACGAGUCCGUAAUUGAACAAAAAAUGUUUUCAGAAAUGUUUUACUUGAAAAUGUCAACUCACGCAGUGGUUCUCAAACUGGAGGCCCAGAGGAAAAGAAAUGGUGUUCAAUUAUUAUUUUUUAAAGUGCAAACUGGCGCUGACAUGAAAAAAAAUGACUGCUCGCUACCUUUUAGCUUUGGGCCAUUUCAAAACUGCGACGUAUCCCAAAUGAAUAAAGUCAUGUUUUCAUUUUUGAUUUGGAUUUUUUUGGAACAAAUGGUGUAUUUGUUUGAGCUUCUUUUUGAGAUACAUACACACGCACAUAUGCAUGCGGUGUAUUGUCGAGAACAAAAGCAUCUCUUUCGGGAUAAAAGCCACGUAAUCUGAGAAAAAAGAAAAAGCAAGUCAUAUUACUGCUACUUUAUCUUUGAAAAAUAACACGUUAUUCUCAUCAUUUUAUCCCAACAAGAUGUAAAGAUUAUGACUUUGGUUUUCUGACAGAAUACAACUUUAUUCAUGUGAACAUUACAGCUUUCCCCCCCCCUAUAAAACAUGAUGAAUUGGGAUUAUGAAGGGGCCCUUUCUCCAAUUUUCUCCGCUGUGCCAAAGUUUGGGAAGCCCUGAACAAAUGUGUGGACAAGUUGGCGUCCGGCCAUUUGUGUCCUACUUUUCGUGUCGGUCGCACGACAGUCGACCCCCGUUUCGCGAACGCGCAUACGAUUUUUUUCAUUCUUUUAACCUUCCUACACAUAGUAAACACACUUAAAUUUGUUAAAAUACACUUUUCAAAGUAUUCUUAGCACCUGUUCUCACUUGGGCACGCACGGUUUUAUGAAAAAGAGGCAGAGACAUGACAUUGUAGCACGUGGUGAAUAAAAGGUUGCUAACGCGCGGCAAUCAUGUACGGUCUCCCUCGCUAACUUUUUAAACAAUGAUAUUGAAACGGAUAUUUUAUUCUUUGUUGCUGAGCGUUCCGGUCGUUUUUGAAGUAGAUGGACCAGCGGUUGUGCGGACUUUGGGAACAAAGAGGUUCAUAAACCGCUGGAUUAGAUCGCGCGGGUUAUGGUGAGCAGAGAGCCAAGAUAACUUAAAUUGGCUAGCUUAAUACAGUCAGCAAAAUUCCAUAGACGGACAAUGUUAUGGUAAUAACAGCUGCUACUUUAACACGAACGGAGCGGCAAUACAUGCAAACGGGGCAUACAAUGGCACUCGCAUGCAAAGGUUCACUCUGCGACAUGGGAACUGCAGUAAACAAGCUGGUUUAUUGCAGAGUUGAUGUUGCGGAAACCCUCUGCAGUAAAUGAAAUCUUCAGUACAGUGACUCUAUAGUAAAAAUGCACUUUACAAAGAGGCACCGGUAUUUUAUUUGUCCACUUGAGGUCAAGAUCCGCCCACAUCACACAAGCCCUGCUUGAAUGACGUGGACGCCAGCCCAUGCGGACUUUGGCGAAAACAAGCUAUUUCCCGGGUUCACCGUUGGCACCGUUCCUCGCACUGAGGGUCGUCAGCAAAAAAGCAUGAUGGGAACCCAAAAUUCAUUGCGGUGAUGUUGUUAACUACAGCACUUAGUUGUAGAAAAUCAAGUUCAACCUUGCUCUUGACUCGCAUUAGUCUAAAUUCGCACGUGCGUGUAAAAACGCUCUAGCGGGGACUCGGCGUCGGCUGUCGGCUCUUGAAGCGGGUUCAGAAGGUAGCAGAAAUGCAAACAUCAAGCUGAUGCCAAUAUGCUGCUCAUGUACACCAAGUGUUGUUCUUCAUGUGUUAGUGCGCUUCAUAAUAAUGCGAUGAUGACGAAGACUACAGUGUACUGCCGCACGUCCGUCUGUAGCGUGGGAUGCAAAAACACGACUUCGUGUCCUGACGAGCCCGUUCGGCUCUUAUUCUUUGGAUUCUUUUGUGAUGAUUGGAAAGGCUUCAUAUCCGGCUGACGAGGUACCACUUUAUUUCUCAUAAGAUUAGGACAUUUGGUUUCAUUUCAGCAUUUAUUCAAAGUUCUUGUACUAGUAUGAUCUUUGUGUUAACUAGUAGGAGAACUGGCAUACUUGUAGAACAACUUUUGUGGCCGACGACUCGCGGAAGCAGCAGCUCACCUGUCUAAAACCAAAUCCUUUCACCAAAUCCGGAAAAUGGCUGCCACAUACAUCCACUACAAAUGCAAAGAAAUGCGCGGCUUCACUGUCGCCACACUAUUUGUCUUCUUUUCCUGAAUAACUCGACUGUUACUUUUUAAUUUACACAUUAAGAAUAGAGUUUGACUGGCGUGUUAAGUGCACAAUGCGUUGUGGGUUAAUUAAUCCUAGCGAAGUGCGCGUCACGGCGCUAAGGACUUACUCGGCGUAAAGAAUAUUUACAAUGAAAAGUGACUUUAAGCAAGCGUUUGAGCGUCCGUCGCCCGCAGCUUUGCUAGUUCAACCGACAGCCGCCGGGGACAAAAAAAAAAAAAAAAAGGUUGUCGCUCUUCGCAUUCAAAUUGCCGAGCGAGCACUCAAUCAAUAAUGCAGGGUUGCUACAGUCUAUCUCGCUAGCUAGCAGUUAAGAGUCUUUGGAGAAGGGUACUUGAGCGUCAUGUGCUUGUUUACGUUGUUAGGUACUUACUGUAUCUGGCAUGUCAAGUCUGCACGAAGUAGCUCAUUUCACGCGGCGUCACUCAUAUUUCAGUUGAUGACAUCAUUCUGUAACCUGUUUAGCGUACGUGACCAAGUCAUGGGUACAGUUAAGCUAAUGCUUUUUUGGGACUGUGGAUAAGUGCCGCAAGUAACUAAAGUUACUCGUACUGUAUCUUAGUUACUUUUGGAAUCAGUAAAGUAACUAAGUUACCUUUUCAAGGUAACUGUGGCAACACUGAUCCGCAUUGGGCACUCGUAGUGUUCUACUGGUGUGUGUGUGUGCCAUAUGCCAAACGGAAGCCGGAACAAAGCCGGAACACAGGACAGCUGACUUCCUGUGUAUGCUACCCAAACGCUCAAAAGUGGGAUUUAUGACAUGAUUGCUCGAAGCUCAACUAAAUACAUGUACUGGAUAUCAUUUAUUCACGCAAAUAUGACAUCAUGGGUGUGAAGACAUUGGUGGCAGCUUUUUGUUUGUUUGUUUUAUUUUAAGUUGCGAUAGGCGCUUUGAGCGGUCCCCGACGCGGAAGCGCUUCGACCUGUUUGCCGAAUGCGGAAGUAGUUUGCGCGUAUUCCGGAUCGCCUGAAGGCUCGCGAGGACAAAGUGCAUACGAGUGCUGCGAAGCGCAUGUGGAAUACACGUUCCGUAACUUGUGACUGCACUAUGCUGACUUGUCAAGAUAUGAAUGUGUAAACAAUAAAGGGCAACUUUAAAACUG